UGGACUUAACCGAGGAUAGCGCUGUGGAAAUUAUCCUGUGCUGACCCACUUCUUCACACGUUUCUUUCGCUCUCUAUUUCUGACGCCUUCUUCCAUUUCUGCCAGGUGCAGUCAACCCUGAGGAACCAUGUCGGACAAGAUGUCCAGUUUCCUUCAUAUUGGGGACAUUUGUUCCCUGUAUGCAGAGGGCACCACCAGUGGAUUCAUCAGCACUUUAGGGCUUGUGGAUGACCGCUGUGUGGUACAGCCAGACACGGGCGACCUCAACAACCCACCCAAGAAAUUCAGAGACUGCCUUUUCAGACUGUGUCCUAUGAACAGAUACUCAGCACAGAAACAGUUCUGGAAGGCAGCAAAACCUGGAGGCAACAGCACCACUGACACAGUCCUCCUCAACAAGCUCCAUCAUGCUGCUGACCUGGAGAAGAAGCAGAAUGAGUCUGAAAAUCGCAAGCUGCUGGGAACGGUCAUCCAGUAUGGAAAUGUCAUCCAGUUGCUACACUUGAAAAGCAAUAAAUACCUGACAGUGAACAAGCGCCUACCUGCACUGUUGGAGAAGAAUGCCAUGAGAGUGACUCUGGACUCGGCGGGAAAUGAGGGAUCCUGGUUCUACAUCCAGCCCUUCUACAAGCUGCGAUCCCUGGGAGACAGUGUGGUGAUUGGAGAUAAAGUGGUCCUUAACCCUGUGAAUGCAGGACAGCCUCUACAUGCCAGCAGCCACCAGCUAGUUGACAACCCAGGAUGCAAUGAGGUUAAUUCUGUAAAUUGCAACACAAGCUGGAAAGUUGUUCUGUUCAUGAAAUGGAGUGACAACAAGGAAACAAUACUCAAGGGGGGUGAUGUAGUCCGGCUGUUCCAUGCAGAGCAGGAGAAGUUCCUCACUUGUGACGACCACAGGAAGAAGCAGUAUGUCUUUCUUAGAACUACAGGCCGUCAGUCUGCCACUUCUGCCACCAGCAGCAAAGCGCUGUGGGAAGUAGAGGUGGUCCACCAUGACCCAUGCAGAGGAGGUGCAGGCUACUGGAACAGCCUGUUCAGGUUUAAACACUUGGCCACAGGGUGUUAUUUGGCUGCUGAGAUGGGUGAGGUGAAUCCAGACUUUGAGGAGGAGAGUGCUGAGCAGCGGUCCUCGGUGGUGGACUUUACACCCUUUAAUUUCCAGCUGGAUGCAGAUAAUGAGGCAUUACGAGGUCGUCUGCGAGCUCCACAGGAGAAGAUCAUGUACACUUUGGUGCCUGUUCCCGAUGGCAUGGACAUCUCAUCCAUCUUUGAGCUGGACCCUACCACUCUGAGAGGCGGGGAUUCCAUGGUGCCCAGGAGUUCCUAUGUGAGGCUAAGACACUUGUGCACCAACACAUGGGUUCACAGCACCAACAACCCCAUCGACAAAGAGGAGGAGAAACCUGUUAUGUUAAGGAUUGGAACAUCAGCGGUAAAAGAGGACAAGGAAGCCUUUGCCAUUGUACCAGUGCCACCAGCAGAAGUACGUGAUUUAGACUUUGCCAAUGAUGCAAGUAAAGUGUUGGCGUCCAUCGCUGGCAAGCUUGAAAAAGGCACCAUUACACAAAAUGAAAGAAGGUUUGUGACCAAGCUCCUGGAAGAUCUAGUUUUCUUUGUGGUGGACAUCCCCAACAGUGGACAGGAUGUUUUAGAGAUCAUGGUCAACAAACCAAACAGAGAAAGACAGAAACUCAUGAGAGAGCAGAAUAUCCUGAAGCAGAUUUUCAAACUUCUCCAAGCCCCUUUCACGGACAGCGGUGACGGUCCCAUGCUGCGACUGGAGGAGCUUGGAGACCAGCGCCACGCUCCAUUUAGACAUAUUUGCAGGCUUUGCUACAGAGUGCUACGCCAUUCCCAGCAGGAUUACAGGAAGAACCAGGAGUACAUAGCCAAACAAUUCCGCUUCAUGCAGAAGCAGAUAGGAUAUGAUGUGCUGGCAGAAGACACAAUAACAGCUCUGCUCCACAACAACCGGAAGCUGCUGGAGAAGCAUAUCACUGCUGCAGAAAUAGACACAUUUGUCACUCUAGUGAGGAAGAACCGGGAGCCGAGGUUUCUGGACUACCUCUCAGAUCUCUGCGUGUCCAUGCAAAAGUCAAUCCCUGUGACACAGGAACUCAUCUGCAACGCAGUACUGGACCCUACUAACGCUGACAUCCUCAUUGAGACCAAAUUGGUCCUGUCGAGGUUUGAGAUUGAGACAAUGUCAAAUGGAGAGAGUCCGGUGGAGGCGGAGGAUGAAGAGGAGGUCUGGUUGUUCUGGAAAGACAAUUGCAAGGAGGUCAGGAGUAAGAGCAUCAGGGAGUUGGCCCAGGAUGCAAAGGAGGGCCAGAAGGAGGACCAGGAGGUGGUCAGCUACUACAGGUGCCAGCUGAACCUCUUUGCCCGGAUGUGUCUGGACCGUCAGUACCUGGCCAUCAACAAGAUCUCUGGUCAGCUGGAUGUGGAUUUGAUCCUGCGCUGUAUGUCUGAUGAGGACCUGCCCUUUGACUUGCGAGCGUCUUUCUGUCGCCUGAUGCUGCACAUGCAUGUGGACCGUGACCCUCAGGAACAGGUCACACCUGUCAAAUAUGCCCGUCUUUGGUCCGAGAUUCCCUCUAAGAUUGCUAUUGAUGACUAUGACAACGAUGGCACCACCAGAGAUGAGAUCAAAGAGCGGUUCUGCCUCACAAUGGAUUUUGUGGAAAACUACCUGAGGGAGGUGGUGUCACAAAACAUUCCCUUCUCCGACAAGGAGAAAAACAAGCUUACCUUUGAGGUGGUGAACCUGGCAAGGAACCUCAUAUACUUUGGCUUCUACAACUUUAGCGACCUGCUACGACUGACAAAGAUCUUACUGAACAUUUUAGACUGUGUCCAUGUCAGCACCAUUUACCCCAUUAACAAGAUGGAGAAGGGAGAGGAAAACAAAGCUGGCAGUAAUGUGAUGAAGUCCAUCCAUGGAGUCGGGGAGUUGAUGACCCAGGUAGUGCUGCGAGGAGGCGGCUUGUUGCCCACCACACCAACUCAUCAGCCAGAGGGGGAUGUUGUUAAAACACAGACUGAGCCAGAGAGGGAGGACAUCAUGGUCAUGGACACAAAGCUCAAGGUCAUUGAGAUUCUACAGUUUAUUUUGAAUGUACGACUGGACUACAGGAUUUCCUGUCUGCUUUGUAUUUUCAAACGUGAGUUUGAUGAGAACAACCCGCAAGCAGACAACACUGCCAGUCAGAAUGGAACUAAUAAUGUCACAGGUCAGAUGCCAGGAAACCUUGACUUUGAGAACAUUGAAGAACAGGCAGAGGGGAUUUUUGGGGGAAGUGAGGAGAACACUCCACUAGACCUGGAUGACCAUGGAGGUCGUACCUUCCUAAGAGUCCUGCUGCACUUGACCAUGCAUGAUUACCCUCCGCUCGUGUCUGGAGCACUCCACCUGCUCUUCAGACACUUCAGCCAGAGGCAGGAGGUCCUCAUGGCAUUCAAACAAGUCCAGCUGCUGGUGACUAGCCAGGAUGUGGAUAACUACAAGCAGAUCAAGUCAGAUCUGGACCAGCUGCGUUCUAUUGUGGAGAAGUCUGAACUGUGGGUUUAUAAGAGGCAGGGAGAGGAUGGGAUGGAUGGAGAUGGACCUUCAGAGUCUGACAACAAAAAGAAGGGAGACUCUCCUGGUUCAGACAAGAAGAAGACGGAAAGCACCAGCAGUUACAACUACAGGGUUGUAAAAGAGAUCCUGCUACGUCUCAGUAAGCUGUGUGUCCAGGAGGGAAGCUCAGGGAAGAAGAGUAAGAAACAGCAGCAGAGGCUGCUGAGGAACAUGGGAGCUCACAGUGUAGUGCUGGAGCUCCUGCAGAUCCCCUACGAGAAGGGCGAGGAUGUCCGAAUGCAGGAGAUCAUGAAACUGGCUCACGAGUUCCUGCAGAACUUCUGUGCAGGGAAUCAGCAGAAUCAAGCUCUUCUCCACAAGCACAUCAACUUGUUUCUUAACCCAGGGAUCCUAGAGGCAGUCACCAUGCAGCACAUCUUCAUGAAUAAUUUCCAGCUGUGCAGCGAGAUCAACGAGCGAGUGGUUCAGCACUUUGUCCACUGUACUGAGACUCAUGGCCGACAUGUCCAAUAUCUCAAGUUCCUGCAGACCAUUGUGAAGGCAGAGAACAAGUUCAUCAAGAAGUGUCAGGACAUUGUCAUGGCUGAGCUGGUGAACUCAGGCGAGGACGUCCUGGUCUUCUACAACGAUCGUGCCUCCUUCCAGACCCUAGUCCAGAUGAUGCGCUCAGAGAGGGACCGCAUGGAUGAAAACAGCCCUCUCAUGUACCACAUCCACCUGGUGGAACUUCUGGCUGUCUGCACUGAGGGCAAGAACGUCUACACUGAGAUCAAGUGUAACUCCCUGCUGCCACUGGAUGAUAUCGUACGGGUUGUCACCCAUGAAGACUGUAUCCCUGAGGUGAAGAUUGCCUACAUCAACUUCCUGAACCACUGCUAUGUUGACACAGAGGUGGAGAUGAAGGAGAUUUAUACCUCAAACCAUAUGUGGAAGCUGUUUGAGAACUUCCUGGUGGACAUUUGUAGGGUGUGCAACAACACCAGUGACAGGAAGCAUGCGGAUACCACGCUGGAGCGUUAUGUAACUGAGACAGUCAUGAGCAUUGUCACAUGUUUCUUUAGCUCUCCUUUCUCUGACCAGAGCACAAGCCUGCAGACCCGUCAGCCAGUAUUUGUACAACUGCUUCAGGGAGUGUUCAGGGUAUACCACUGCAACUGGCUUAACCCUGUUCAGAAGGCCUCGGUGGAGGCUUGUAUUAAAGUACUCUCAGACGUGGCUAAGAGCAGAGCUAUUGCCAUCCCAGUGGACUUGGACAGUCAGGUGAACAACUUGUUUGUCAAGUCCAAUAAUGUUGUGCAGAAGAGCAUCCUCAGCUGGAGGCUGUCUGCGAAGAACACUUCCAGACGAGACUCAGGCCUGACUACCUCCAAAGACUACAGAAACAUCAUUGAGCGCCUACAGGACAUAGUGUCCGCACUGGAGGACCGUCUGAGACCGCUGGUGCAAGCUGAGCUCUCAGUGCUGGUGGAUGUCUUACAUCGUCCAGAGCUCCUCUUCCCUGAGAACACAGAAGCCCGCAAGAAAUGCGAAAGUGGAGGAUUCAUAUCAAAACUGAUCAAACACACCAAGCAGUUGCUGGAGGAGAAUGAGGAGCGUCUGUGCAUCAAAGUACUGCAGACACUGAGGGAAAUGAUGACAAAAGACCGGGGCUAUGGGGAGAAGGGUGAAGCUCUGCGGCAGAUCUUGGUCAAUCGAUACUAUGGAAACGUCAAACCUGGCCAGAGGAGAGAUAGCCUUGCAACCUUCAGCAAUGGCCCACUCACUCCUGGAGUGCAGGGAAAAGCACCUACAGUCGUCAGCUCCGGGGUCGGAGGUCGAGGGGAGCUGAGUUUGGCAGAGGUCCAGUGCCACCUGGACAAAGAAGGAGCUUCUGAUCUGGUCAUUGACCUCAUCAUGAACGCUACCAGCGACCGGAUCUUCCAGGAGAGUAUACUCUUGGCCAUCGCACUGCUGGAAGGUGGAAACACGGUCAUCCAGCGGUCAUUCUUCCAUCGUUUAACGGGGGACAACAAGUCAGAAAAAUUCUUCAAGGUGUUCUAUGAGCGCAUGAAGCUGGCUCAGCAGGAGAUUAAAGCCACUGUGACGGUUAAUACUAGUGACCUGGGCAGCAAGAAGAAGGAUGAGGAGCCACCAGACAAAGACACGCCCGCACGCAAGAAAGUCAAAGAUGUGCCGGUGGUAGCAGUGGUGACCGAGGAAGUAAAGGAGCAGUUAGUGGAGGCCUCCGCUGUCACCAAGAAGGCUUUCACGACCUACCGCCGCGAGGCCGAAGCCGAAGAGCACCAAGCGGCCGCUGAUGGCUCUCCCGUCCCAGCGGCUGAUAAGGGCCAGGAGGAAGGCGAGAUGAGCGUCAUCAUCACCAUCAUGCAGCCCAUCUUGCGCCUCAUGCAGCUGCUCUGUGAGAACCACAACAGGGAUCUGCAGAACUUUCUGCGCAACCAGAAUAACAAGAACAACUAUAAUCUGGUGUGUGAGACGCUUCAGUUCCUGGACUGCAUCUGUGGCAGCACCACAGGGGGACUGGGACUGCUGGGACUGUACAUCAAUGAGAAGAACGUAGGGCUCAUCAACCAGACUGUGGAGAGCCUGACUGAGUACUGCCAAGGUCCCUGUCAUGAGAACCAGAACUGCAUUGCCACUCAUGAAUGCAAUGGUAUUGACAUCAUCAUUGCUCUCAUCCUGAAUGACAUCAACCCCCUUGGGAAGAAGAGGAUGGAUCUGGUGCUGGAACUCAAAAAUAAUGCCUCCAAGCUUCUCCUUGCAAUUAUGGAAAGUCGCCAUGACAGCGAGAACGCAGAGAGGAUACUGUACAACAUGAGGCCUAAAGAGCUGGUGGAAGUCAUCAAAAAGGCCUACAUGCAGGGUGAGAUAGAGGUGGAGGAGGCGCAGGAGGGUGAGGAUGGAGAGGAGGAGCACUCUGCGUCUCCACGCAAUGUUGGUCAUAAUAUCUACAUCUUGGCACAUCAAUUAGCCCGUCACAACAAGGAACUGCAGGCUAUGUUGAAACCAGGGGGGACGUAUGGAGAGGGAGAUGAGGCUCUGGAGUUCUACGCCAAACACACAGCUCAGAUUGAGAUUGUACGGCUGGAUCGCACCAUGGAGCAGAUAGUCUUUCCUGUGCCCAACAUCUGCGAGUUCCUCACCCAAGAGUCCAAGCUGCGGGUCUACUACACCACAGAGCGGGAUGAGCAAGGCAGCAAGAUCAAUGACUUCUUCCUUCGCUCUGAAGACCUCUUCAAUGAGAUGAACUGGCAGAAGAAGCUGCGAGCUCAGCCCAUCUUGUACUGGUGCUCCAGGAACAUGUCAUUCUGGAGCAGCAUCUCCUUCAACCUGGCUGUGCUCAUGAACCUGCUUGUGGCCUUCUUCUACCCUCUGGAGGGUGUCCGAGGAGGUACCCUGGAGCCCCAUCUAUCUGCCCUGCUGUGGAUGGCCAUGUUGGUUUCUCUGGCUAUAGUGAUCAUCUUGCCUCAGCCUCACGGCAUCCGGGCACUUAUUGCUUCCACCAUCCUGCGUCUGAUCUUCUCUGUAGGCCUGGAGCCAACGUUGCUCCUGCUGGGGGGUUUCAAUUUAUGUAAUAAGGUCAUCUUCCUGAUGAGCUUCGUCGGGAACCGUGGAACCUUCACACGCGGCUACAAAGCCAUGAUCACGGAUGUGGAGUUCCUGUACCACCUGCUCUACCUGAUUAUCUGCAGUCUGGGGGUCUUCGUCCAUGUCUUCUUUUACAGCCUGCUUCUCUUUGAUCUGGUUUACCGAGAAGAGACCUUGCUGAACGUAAUAAAGAGUGUGACCCGCAACGGCCGCUCCAUUGUUCUGACAGCCGUGCUGGCUCUUAUCCUCGUCUACCUCUUCUCCAUUGUGGGCUAUAUCUUCUUCAAAGACGAUUUCAUUUUGGCUGUCGAAAGGAUACCCAACAAAACACUAGAGCAAGGAGCCAGUAUGGUGGGAGAGUUCUUCUCUGGUGGAGUGUGCCAGAAAGAAAAUGGGGAGAACUGUUCAGCAGAUGCCGUGAUGGACGCUUCCCUCGCCGUCCAGCCGUCAGCGGUGGUGAUCGAGGAGAAGGAGCGAACGUGUGACUCCUUGCUAAUGUGCAUUGUCACAGUACUGAGUCAUGGCCUCAGGAGUGGAGGAGGUGUUGGAGACGUCCUGCGGAAGCCAUCCAAAGGGGAGCCCCUUUUCGCAGCCAGGGUGAUCUACGACCUGCUCUUCUUCUUCAUGGUCAUCAUUAUUGUCCUCAAUCUCAUCUUUGGUGUCAUCAUCGAUACAUUUGCUGACCUGAGGAGUGAGAAGCAGAAAAAAGAGGAAAUACUGAAGACUACGUGUUUUAUUUGCGGUUUGGAGAGGGACAAGUUUGACAAUAAGACAGUUACAUUCGAAGAACACAUCAAAGUUGAGCACAACAUGUGGCACUACUUGUUCUUCAUUGUCCUGGUGAAGGUGAAGGACUCGACGGAGUACACCGGCCCGGAAAGCUAUGUGGCUGAAAUGAUCAGGGAGCACAACUUGGACUGGUUCCCACGGAUGCGGGCCAUGUCCUUGGUCAGCAGCGAUGCAGACGGGGAGCAGAAUGAGAUCAGGAGCCUGCAGGAGAAGCUGGAGUCCACCAUGAAACUGGUGUCCAACCUGUCAGGACAGCUGACGGAGCUCAAAGAGCAGAUGACAGAGCAGAGGAAGCAGAAGCAGCGCAUCGGCUUGCUGGGACACCCUCAGCACAUGAACGUCAACCCUCAGCAGCCCGCAUAAGAUUCAGCCGACGCGGCCCAGAGGCAGCUCAGCAGCGGCAGCGUGUCCGGGCGGAGCGUGCAGUCCUCGCUCGCAGGCUGCACGUGCUGCGUGCUGCACUGGGAGCGACUGUAACUUCUAACAGUAGGGAAACACUGUAACAUAGGUAGUCAUAAGGCGAUGUGUAGCUCUUCCCCACGCACAUGUUACUCCUAACAGUAACACUCACCCACCUCAUUCUGUUCAGUCCAGUUGGAAUUGGUGCCAAAUGUUUUCUAUGUAGAAAUAAAUUGGAUUUCCCGACACAUGGCCUUUACUGGUUGAACUUGAAACAUGAUAUAGCUGACUGGACAGGAGGAAUUAGUACCAUUUGUUUUUUAUUUUAUUUUAACAUUUUCUAUUUAUAUUUCUGGCAUAACGAGCAGUAUUAAAUGUCUUAUUUUUGUAUGUUGUGCAAUAUAUUAACUUAAAUAUGCAACCUCAUUGGUGUGUGGAUUUAAGUUCCAUCAGUCAUGUCUUAUUUAAAAGUGUGGGUCAGUGUUUUUGUUUGUACUUUAUUGCCUCUGGAUAAAAUAGGGAGUAGCUGGUUGUCUUUACUUACGCAACUCUAGAGAUAAUAUUUAAUAAGCUGGCCUUCUCAGUUUCACUUUUUUCUUUUCAUUUCUUGAAAAUUUGCGUACUUCUUGAGAGUCAACUGCACUCAGUAGAGAUAGUAUAUUGUGUGAGAGCAAUAUAUACAGAUAGUUUUCUUUCACCUGUGUAAAUCCAAUGUUGUCACUUCUCAGUGCUAAACUUUUAUGAUAAAUUUGCUUUCUUCUUUAAUUUUGAUCUUAAGGACUUUUAGAAUAUUUGGCUUGUUGGUCAAAUAUAUACGGCAUAAUUCUUUCGGGAUCACUCAUGCUAUUACAGUUUGCUCAGGAGUUGUUUAACCUUUACUGUAAUAAACGUUAUUAGUAUAAUUUCCAGCUCUGCAGCAAACUUGUUUCAUUUGUGCCUGUUUUGGUCCUCAUUUUACUGUCUGACACAAGUUUGCUGCUCGUGCAGAGUCACUUACUUUUCUGUUCAUGUCCACUAAAAUGUAUGAGUUGGUUUUCAUGCUACAGUUAGAAUGAUCUUUUUUUGGACUACUUUGUGUACAUAAAGUUUGUUGCUUAUCUUUGCUUUUGUAUAGAAAAUGAGAUGGAAAAAAACAUACUCAUGAAUGUUAAGAUUAACUCAAAACCCUAAGCCCUGCCAAUUUGUAUAUGAAAGUAGAAUUAUUUAUUAAAAUUGAUGUAAUUAUCCUUUA